GCUACACUUUUUUUCAGGUUUGAGCAAGAUUUCCAUUUGAGACCUAUUGUUCUUUAUUCAUGGGUUGAUUUCUGUUGGGACGUUAAAUUUGUAAUACAUGUAUUGUUGUAUACAACGGUUGUAUGGACUUGAAGCGGCCAUUAUGUUGGGAGCCAGCUGGUAACAACAUGGAAAGUGGAACAACAAUCUGUCUCGUCCCGUGUUGACACCUUAACCAGAUGCCGUAUGGUAGGGUGAGACUUCACUUGGCCUCUGAUGUAAACAAACCUAACAUCAGUUCUCAUAUCAUCACCAUGGCUGACAUUGACUUAUAUAAUCCACACAUUUUAGCCAGACGGCGAUGGUGUCAAUGGACAUGUUCGACAAAGAUGAGUGAAACACCAGGCUUCAUGCUUACAGCUCUGACAAGUCGUCGGUUUCACUUGGUGGAACGACAGAUAUGCUGACUGACGUUUUCCAUGACCCUAAAUCUUACAUAGUAUACUGUUUGCCUAACGUAAAUCAUUUCACUUUAAUCAUGCGCGAUUACUAUUGUUUUUCAGAACUAGGAUAUUGGCUGCAGUCAGCCAUAGGAUGCAAAUAUGUACGACACACCACAGAAACUGCAAGACUGCUGUGUGGACUUCAUCUGUGAUAACAUGUCCGCCUUGUGUGAAGCCCAGGAGACAGAGGAGGAAGAGACCAGGCUGGUCUUCAAAGACAAUGACAUAUUCUUCCAUGGAAACAUCUCGGAACAUCUCCUCAACUCGCUCUGUGACAAGGGCAAACUCAACGACACAACCUUGGGCUUGUUUCAAUCAGAUACGACCAUGUUGAAGCGGGUCAGGCUGAGAGAUGGACACGAUGGACCAUUGACUUUGAAAGGGCUAAGAAUUCUUAAAACUCAUAAGAUUUCUGAAUUAGAGGCAAUUGGCUUGGAGAAAGUGUGUAUAAAUGAGUUGAUUGGUUGUCUUGGGGAAUGGACCAUGAAUAAUCUGCGGCUAUUAAAUGUGGCCAAUGGAACGUUUACCAACAGCACCAAAUUGAGUGUGAUUGUCUCUCUGUGUAAGCUGCAGGCGUUACACACGUUGAAUGUCAGUAAUACAGAUUUUAACCAGCAUGGUUUGGAAGUGAUAUGCAGGGAUAUGGUUCAUUUAGAAAAUCUUGACCUUUCGAAUACAGUCAUCAAUGACAUAGGACCUGUCCGCCACUUGAAAUAUCGACUACGUUCACUUUCCAUGUAUAAUUUACGGAUAUCAAAUUGUGACAACGUUCUCCACGUUCUGAAGGAUUGUGCCAAUCUGCAACAUCUGGAUAUAUCUGAUGACACGCAGAUGCAGCCUUUCGUGGGACUCCAGCCAUCCAAGUUUGAAAUAGCAUCUUUACUAAUACUACAGGGGAACUUCCUGCCAUUUUUGUCGUCUCUUGAUAUAUCGGGGAAGGAUGGACUGAAAAUAGAAUGGAUCAGGAGUUUCUUGGAGGUGCACCCAAAUGUUCACUUCCUUGGCCUCGCCCUGACUGACUUGUGUGAACAGCCCAUGUUUAGGGAUGAAAACUCAUCAGAAUACGCGAGUCAUAUCAAGGUGACUGGUGAGGCCAGUGAGAAGCAGAUCAUCGAGUCUUUACGUCGUUACUCACAUCGAGCCAUUUACAUGCAGAAGUCUCUCUACCAUCUGUUCAGUCUCACUCAAGCCAUGGCAGAGCCUCGUUCUGAUAUACUCGAACUGCUGAUUCCCGGUGCUGAGAACCACCCCGACCACCUGAGUGUCCAAAUGGCUGCCACAGCAUGCAUGUACAACCUGUCCAAGGGCGAGCGUGGCGCAUCGUUACAUCCAAAAUGGCUGAAGGAGAUCGUGCGUCUAACCAUGGCGGCAAUGGAGAACUUCCCUAACGUACAGCAGCUUCAGAAGAAUGCCCUCCUCACUCUGUGCAGUGACAAGAUCUUACAAGAUGUGAACUUUGACCGAUUCCACUGUGCCAAACUGGUGAUGGAGUGUCUUUGUACCUUCACCGAGCCGUCAAUGAUCCGUAUGUCCGUAGCCAUCUGUUCAAUAUUAGCUGCCAAGAUUCCCACCGAACAGACAACGAAGCUCGGAUCACAGAGGAAGUACAUGAAGAAGUUGUUGCUGAUCGUGAAAGAGAAGGCCGAGGAUAAGCAGGUCGAUAUCACCAUGAAGUUCACAUUGAGUGCUCUCUGGAAUCUAACAGAUGAAUCUCCAGAUACUUGUGAUGUUUUCCUCGAAGAAGACGGACUCAACCUCUACAUGGCUGUCAUUGAGGCUUACAAGGACUGUGAAGAAGAUAAUAAGCUUCAUGUCCAAACAAAGGUCUUGGGACUCCUGAACAAUCUCGCUGAAGUGAAACACCUGAGGAAUGUCUUGAUGGUUGACCAGUUCUGUCUUAUGAUUAGGGGCUUGUUGAAUACUCCUAAAAUCCAGGUCAGUUACUUCGCUGCUGGGAUAGUUGCCCAUCUGGCCAGUGAGGGCGCUCAUAACUGGUGUUCACGCAGUGUGCCACGGCCUGUUCUUUUAGAAGACCUGGGUAAGGCAGUGAAUGGAUGGGAGCAGCCUUGCAGUGAGAUGGUAGCCUACCGCUCAUUUACUCCGUUCAUUGAACUCCUUGCUUGCUCUGACCCGGAGGUUCAGUUAUGGGCUGUCUGGGCCAUGGAACAUGUUUGUAGGAGGAACGGUCAAAGGUACUGUUCAAUGCUUGUUGAGGAAGGUGGGAAGGACCUGUUAGUGAGGUUGGACCAAUCGUUACAUACUCAUCCCCAGGUGAAGAAGAUCGUGUCGUCAAUCUUGCUGAUGUUGGAGAAAGGUCCGGACACGCCUGGAAAGGUGGAGGCUCUGAAGCCACUCGAAAACUGAACUCCUCGGCCGGAAAACUCAUCAAUUGAACGUGUUCACAACAGCUGAUGCUGCACUCUGACGUAGGUGCAGAUGUCCCAUCUGGCUCGAGAGAUAUUUGUGGUCACAUGUGUUUUGUUGGCGAUCAGGAUUUCAUGUCACUGUUUCCACACAGUGUCCCCAGGUGUCCUACAAUCAGGCUACUCACCUGGAGACACAUGGCACUGUUUCCACACAGGCUGUGGUCCGCUGCCUCAGAUGACUGUGUUCCCAGGUGUCCUACAAUCAGGCUACUCACCUGGACACACAUGACAAGAACAUUCAUUGUCCACACACAAGUAUGCUUAGCUUUGCUGCCAUAACAAUGUGACUUACACAAAGAAUCAAUUUUAGCAUUAUCAAGUUGUUUGACCUUUUGUUGUAUGCUCUACUGCCAUGCUUCUUUACAUUGGACUGCAUACAUGGUACCAUGUGAAUUGGAUUUAAUCUUUAAGCUGAUAUUAUGACUACCCGUACAUAAAUUGAACCCAAAUCUGAUUCAGACUUUUAAUUGUCCACGUUUGUUGUGAUAUGAAUUGGCACAGGGUCAGUGAAGGCAUUUUAUUACCCCUCAUCACAAAAUGUGACUAGGAAUUUGAAUUGAAUGAUCUUGUAGAUUUUAUUGUAAUUGUUGUGCUCCUUGGCAGUCAGCUUUUAUGAAAUCUGUCACCCUUGAUUAUACAAUGAGAUUCGCAGUAAACUUGAGAGUACAGGCUUGUGAAAUGAUCCAAGACCGUUCUGUCUGUCGCAUGUAAGAUAGGCCUUGUGUAGAAUCUCGCCCCAAACCUCCUCAAUAGUGAGGACACAGUAUUAUUAUAUCAUUAUUAUUUAUUUAUCAAGUGCAUGUGGUUUAAGUUGAUGUUGGAGAGUAGAGUGGUGUCGUACCCCACAGGGUUAAUGGUGUUCAUGUCAUUGUGUUAAGUGUAUGAUUCUCCUCCAUGCCGUGGUUUGUCCUCUAUCAACAGUACACAACUGUUUAUGUUGAUCACUGCGGAGGGCCAUGACAUGCAAUGAUGACCACAUCACGUCUUGACGUAAACCUUGUAAACUGCAGUCUUCAUUUUGUGCAAGUGAGUGUGUUGCGGUAGAAUGCAUGAAGUAACUCGUUUGUAUUUGACAAAAUAAAGAAAUGUGUACCAAAACAAA